AUGUCAUCAAAAACCAUAAUAAUUACAGGGUCCUCUCGAGGCAUUGGCCUUGCCGUCGCCCACUACCUCCUCCGCCUCCCUGCCUCCCACAAUCUGAUCCUCCUUGCCCGUUCACGGCAACCCCUCCAGCAGCUACAGGAACAAUACGGUCCUAACCGUGUGGAGAUUCUUACUGGCGACUUUGCUACGUCCCAUUAUUCUUCCCCAUCAUUACUGUCACUGCCUGAGCAGGCGGUAGAGGUAGCCUUGAAACAGUUUGGAAGGCUUGACGGACUGGUCCUGAAUCAUGGAACGUUGGGGCCUGUCAGGCGGUUGGUAGAUUGUGAGUUGAGCGAGUGGAGAGAUGGGAUUGAAGUUAAUUUCCUCAGUGUGCUAGGGUUUCUAAAAGCUGCAAUUCCACACUUGCGCAAAACUCGUGGUAAAGUGGUUUUCACAUCAUCCGGUGCUGCCACAUCAGCAACAACAGGCUGGGGAUUAUACGGCUCCAGCAAGGCGGCUCUGAACCACCUCAACAUGACCAUGGCACUGGAAGAGCCAGAUAUCACAUCCAUCUCCAUUCGGCCAGGGAUGGUUGACACGAAAAUGCAAGAGGAACUGCGAGCGCAGCACAUUGACGUUUUGGGACCCGUGCAAGGGAAGAGAUUCCUUGAUGCCCAUACAGAAGGCAAGUUACUCAAACCGGAGCAACCCGGACAUGUCAUUGCGAAGCUGGUGCUUGAUGCUCCGCGAGAUUUGAGUGGGAAGUUCCUCACGUGGAAUUGUCCGGAACUGGCAGCUUUCCAAGAGUGA